GCAGGCGAGCAGCAACUGACAACAUCGCAGGGGGCAACUUCAGUUCUCUUUACUUUUAGCGGCCACCAUCAGCUAGUGAGCGGAGCUUUAAAGACAUUUAUCACCAACUCAUGUAUGUGUGAAUUUACCCCGUCGUCUCUUUCUUUACCCAAGAGCUAUGCUUAUUUUGAAAUUUUCCUAUUUGUUUUGAGGCUGUUCAGAAAAAAAAAAAACGCUACUUCAAGUAGCAGGCUUCUGGAUUUUGGGAAUGCUUCCACAGUCUGCUUGUAAAGAGCAGAGCGUGACAGUCCUCUCUGUCGACACACAUCUGAAGACAUGUUGCUCUGGACUCUGCCUGACUGGAGAGUACUGCUGCUGAUUGCUCUGCUGUGGGAUCGCCUUUGUGCUUCAGAGCUCAAACCCACGAGAUGGCCACUGUACUCUCAGAAGCCUCUGGUCCUGGCUUGGAACGCCCCUACCGAGGACUGCUUCCCGCGGUACGGCAUUCGCUUCCAGCUGGACCUCUUCCAGAUUGUGGCCUCACCCACUGAGGGCUUUGUCAGACAGAACCUCACCAUCUUCUACAAGGAGCGCCUUGGCCUCUACCCACACUACGGUCCAGACGAAACCCCAGUGAAUGGGGGGCUGCCGCAGGUGGCCAGUCUCACACAGCACCUGGAGAAGAUGCCAGAAGGAGUUAAGAAGUAUAUACGUGAACCAGAAGCCAAAGGUCUCGCUGUAAUUGACUGGGAGGAGUGGCGCCCUCUUUGGAUACGAAACUGGGAUAGUAAAGAUGUUUACCGCAGACACUCUCGUGAGUUGGUGCGUCAGAAGAACCCAACAUGGACUCAAGAUCAGUUGACAAAAGUAGCCCUACAGGAGUUUGAGAUGUCCGCCAGGAAGUUCAUGUUGGAGACACUUAAGCACGCCAAGAACCUGCGCCCAAACCAGCUUUGGGGUUUCUACCUGUUCCCUGACUGCUACAACCAUGACUACAGGCGAACUCUGGAGAACUACACGGGCCGCUGUCCAGAUGUGGAGGUGGCCCGCAACGAGAAGCUGAUAUGGUUAUGGACUGAGAGCACGGCCCUCUUUCCCUCCAUCUACAUGAGCACUUUGCUUCGCUCCUCCACCUCCGGACGGCAGUUUGUCCGGAACCGUGUGAAGGAGGGUAUGCGUUUGGCAUCGAAGGGUGAAGGCUUGGCACGUCCGGUCUUUGUGUACACACGCCCCACCUAUGCCAACUCCCUGGAACAGCUAACAGAGACUGACCUUGUGUCCACCAUCGGGGAGAGUGUGGCUCUGGGAGCAGCUGGGAUCAUCCUGUGGGGAGAAGCCAUAUAUGCAAGCAGCAAAAACAGCUGCAUUGACCUGGACACCUAUCUGCGGGGUCGACUGGGUAAAUACCUCCUCAACGUCUCCACGGCAGCAGAGCUAUGCAGCCAGACCCUGUGUGCUUCUCAUGGCCGCUGUCUGCGCAGGGAUCCCGACAGCGAUGUUUACUUGCAUCUAAACCCCCUCACCCACAGCAUUAGCAGCCAGGGCGGUCGGCAGACGGUCAGUGGGGAGCUUGGAGAAGAAGACAAGAGGAGUUUCAAAGCUGAGUUUGAGUGUCAGUGUUACAGUGGCUACAAGGGAGAGGGUUGCAAUCAGAUAGACCCUUUACAUCAAAGAGGGUCUGCGUCUAAAAGUGUCUUACCCCCCCUGCAGUGUGUUAUCUUACUGAUUAUCUCUCUGUUCCUUUGUUAGUUCAUACACACUGUAGCAAUGAAGCUGCAUUUUAUGUGACUAGAUGAAAAAUUAACACUCCGGCCACCAAGUUGGGGAUUAUAAAGAGUGAGGGUGUCAUUUUUUUGUCGUUUCUGUAAAAGGAUACCCCAAAGUGAAACUUGCAUAGGAAACACUGUGGAUUGCAGAGUUAUAUUUGUUUAUAACUGUUAAUCUUUUUUUAAACAAUAGAGGACACGCUGGAAAUGACCUUGUUUACAUUUUGCUCCCAGUUUCCUUUCAGUAGCUGUUUUCCAAGGUGUCAUAUUCCAUGUUUUCCCAAAGAGAAUGUUUUUUUUUGAUGGUGGGAAGGGUGAGUUUUUUCAGGGGCUGUGUGGUGAAAGUGGACUUGAUGCACUUAAAACUGGUUAUUGCACAUUGUAUCUGAAGUGCCUGACCUUUUUUUUUUAUUUUUCCAACUUGACCUCUCUCUAACAUCUGAUGUUUUUAUGGAGGCAUUUACAGUGUUACUAUUUAUUUGAAUGUAUUUUUAGGUGUUUUAUAUGAUAUUUCCAUAUUUUAUAUGUCAAAAUGACUACUAGAUUUCUUUUAAAACACACCAUUACUUAAAUUUUGCUAGGAAAUAAAACUUUUCUGUAAAUAAGGAGCUCUUUUACAUCAAAAGCACAGUCGAACUUUGUAUUCUCCACACUUCCACUUACAUGAUGGCCUCUAUUUUGAUACCGUUUUCUCAACUUGAAUAAAGUUAAUUAAAUCAG